UCAGCCUCGAGCCUGGCUGCACGUUGUCGACUCCCUCCCUCCCCGCCUCGACUUCCAACCUGCAUUUCUGGCCCACGCAGAUCGUCUUGGCUGCUUUCUGGGAUGUCUCGACCUGACUUUCAAGCUACGACGUUGGCUAUGUCAUCGCAGCACAUGGAUAUCGAUCGGACGGUCCGGGACAGGACUGACUGAGGCCGCUCGAGCCUCACACUGUUUACCCGGCCCGGGUCUCCUCGCAGUCCUUUCACAUCCCUCUUUAACCCUGCCUUCGACUCGCUCUUAGCUCUCAUUCUCCACUGACCAGGACAACCGAGCGACAGAAUGGCCGCGCAAUUACCGAUCCCCGUCUUUACCUCUCUGACCGAUGUCCUCGGCGACCUCCAGACGGCUUCUGCUCAGGCCACACGAUGGAACGAUGUGGUGGACGAGUUUGAGAAGCGGUUUGGCAAGAAACCAGCUUACAUCGCUCGAGCGCCGGGCAGGGUUAACAUCAUUGGAGAACACAUCGACUAUGUUCUCUUUGGCUGCCUCCCCGCUGCUGUUGAACAGGACAUCCUCAUCGCAUGCGGCCCUUCGACUCAAUCAUCCGCGGGCAGUGUCGCUGCUCAAAAUCUGAAUCCUAAAUACACCCCGCAGACCUUUACUCCGAUGCUGAAGAAUACUCCCACCCCGUCCUCUGCAGAGCAGAAGCAGGCGGAGGGGGCGGUCCACGCAGAGAGCUGGUACCUCGAUAUCAACAAGCGGGAGCUGAGAUGGGAGAGCUAUGUCAAGGCUGGUUACUAUGGUGUACUGAAUCGCUUCUUCGCUCCCUCGUCAAACGAGCAUCCGGUCCCUAUUGACCUCCUUGUUACUGGUUCCGUCCCUUCGGGAUCGGGUCUUUCGUCUAGUGCCGCGAUGGUGGUUGCAUCCACGCUUUCGUUCCUCGCUGUAAACAACAAGCUCGGUGAACUGACGAAAGGCCAGCUGGUCGAGAUGGCGAUGGAGAACGAGCAGCGUGUCGGCGUCAACAGUGGUGGCUUGGAUCAGGCUGCCUCGGUCAUCUCCAUGCCUUCGUCGGCAUUGUACAUCACGUUCUUCCCCUUCCUGCACGCGGAGCCGAUCCUCCUCCCCGUGUUGCGCACCAACCCGCGCGCCGUGUUCGUCUGUGCCAACUCGCUGGUGGUCAGCGACAAGGCUGUCGGCGCGAAGACCCGCUACAACCUGCGCGUGGUAGAGACGCUCGCCGGUGCCCGCAUCCUCGCGCGUCACCUCAACGUCCAGCUGGAGCCUACCGAGCGCCCGACACUCCGCAUCGUGCUUGGGCGGUGGCUCGGCCACACCGAAUCGAAGGGCCAGCCGACCGAGCUCGACACGGACAAGCUGAAGGCGGGCCUGCAGAAGGUGCUGCCGGAGGUGGAGAAGCUGCGCCCGGCGGGGAGGGGCGACGACGAGCAGCUGGGGCUGACGAUGGAGGAGAUGAUCAAGGAGAGCGGGCUGGACGCGGCGCUCUUCAACGAGGUGUACCUGAGCUGGGUCGAGGUCGAGGCGACGCACUUCCAGAUCUACAAGCGCGUGAGACACGUGUUCGAGGAGUCCCUCCGGGUGAUCGAGUUCCGCGCGGCGUGUCUGCGCGCGGCGGACGCGCCGGACCUCCCGGAGAGCGUGCUCCGCGAGCUGGGCGACCUCAUGGACGCGUCGCAUUACAGCUCGCGCAAGUUCUUGGAGAACUCGUGUCCGGAGGUGGACGAGCUCGUCCGCAUCGCGAAGGAGGCCGGGGCGUAUGCAUCCAGGCUCACGGGUG